GCAGCCGCGUCGUCCUGGGCGUUCGGGGCCUGCCCGGACCUCGCCGCGCGCCGCAGAGCCUUCCCCGCGCCCGCGAUGUCCCGGCAGCUCCGCGCGGCGGCCGCGCUCUUGGCGUCCCUGGCGGUAAUUUUGCAGGAUGGCAGUCAAAUGAGAGCAAAGGCGUUUCCGGAAACCAGAGAUUAUUCUCAGCCCACUACAGCAGCAACAGUACAGCACACAGCAAAGCCUGUCCUGCAGCCAGCUAACCAAGCACCUCCCCAAACCUUAGCAGCAAGACUAGUGGACAGUCACAUCCCCUCUCAAAUGGCGUCCACAAUGAAAACCCCAACAACCACCCUGGUAACUGCAAAGAGCACCGUAACCACAAGCCCAGUCAUCCGCACCCUGGUCACAACCCAGGACACACCCCACAACUCUCACACGGCUGCUCCAGUUACUGAAGCGACGGUCGGCCCCAGCUCAGCCCCUCAUUCACAGCCAGCCACCGUCACCCCACCGGCUCAUACAACCGGAACCGGUUCAUCAGCUGUCAGCCACACAGCUAGGAACCCCACCCAACCCAGUAACCAGACCAUCCUUCCAGCAACUUUACCCACAACGCCACACAAAAGCACAGGUGGUCAGAAGCCCGUCCAACCCACCCAUGCCCCAGGCACAACUUCGGCCACACAGAAUACCACCGGGACAGCCCCGCCUGUCUCCACCGUUCCUGCACCCACCCUCGCCCCUCAGCCAGCGUCAGCCAAGACCGGAACUUACCAGGUUCUGAAUGGAAGCAGACUCUGUAUAAAAGCAGAGAUGGGGAUACAGCUGAUCGUUCAAGAUAAGGAGUCGGUUUUUUCGCCUCGGAGAUACUUCAACAUCGACCCCAACGCAACCCAAGCCUCUGGGAACUGUGGCACCCGAAAAUCCAACCUUCUGUUGAAUUUUCAGGGCGGAUUUGUGAAUUUCACAUUUACCAAGGAUGAAAAAUCCUAUUAUAUCAGUGAAGUGGGAGCCUAUCUGACUGUCUCAGAUCCAGAGACAGUUUACCGAGGAAUGCAACACGCCGUGGUGAUGUUCGAGACAGCGGCUGGGCACUCCUUCAAGUGUGUGAGUGAACAGAGCCUCCAGCUGUCAGCCCACCUGCAGCUGAAAACAACCAACGUCCAGCUUCAAGCCUUUGAUUUUGAAGGUGACCGCUUUGGAAAUGUGGAUGAGUGCCCGUCUGACUACACAGUUGUGCUUCCCGUGAUUGGGGCCAUUGUGGUUGGUCUCUGCCUUGUGGGUAUGGGUGUCUAUAAAAUCCGCCUAAGGUGUCAAUCAUCUGGAUACCAGAGAAUCUAACUGUUGGCCAGGGAAGAUGAAAACAACGGAAUUUAGAGAAUUCUUUCAUCACUUCCAGGAUGGAUGUUGGGAACUUCCCGUAGAGUGUGGGUCCUUCCAACACUGUAAACCACCAUCUUCCACUAGAACCAAGUGAAUCAUUUGUGAUUUAAGUUCAGGCAGCACAUCAAUUUCUAAGCACUUUUUGUUUAUUUUAUGAAAGAUAUAGCGAGCUGUUUAAGAAUAUUUUCUAGUUUCCUUUAGAAUAUUUUAACCACUCAAAAAAAGUAACAUUUGAGAUAUGUUGAAUUAAUACAAUAUACAUAAAGUGGAAUAAGCCUUCAAAUUAUAAACCAACGGUCAAUUGUAACUGAUACUACCUGUGUUUGCAUCGAAGAUUUUAUUUUUCCCUUGAUCUUUUCCAUUUUAAAAAAAGUGCCUUUGCUUUGUCUAUCGAAUGGACUUCCAGUGCUUUUACUAUCUGUAUUGUACGGUUUUAUGCAACGUACAUAUGCCUGGUGUAGCACCUAACUCCUUUUCCACUUUAAAUGUUGUUUUUUUUUCUUUUUCUUUUUCUUUUUCAUUGC